AUGGACGCGAACAAUGCGCGUGUCGAGCGGCUCCGCCGUGUCAACCGCUACAAGGCGGUGCAGGCAGAGCUUGCCCUUCUGCGGGAGGAGGAAGAGUUCAAGGCGAGGCGGGAAAGGAAGUUGAACGCCGCAGCUCGCGACGAGGCUCUUGCAAAGCAGCUGGCGGAGGAGCAGCGCCUUGAUUUACUGGACGCAAAAAUGCUUCAACUUGUCCGCACAUUUCCGGAGCUUCAGAACCUGGAGAGGCAACUAAAGCAUGCCUUGACGAAGCAAGGGCGCAAGGAUCAGGUGGAAGAGAUACGGCAAUUACGAGAGCAACAGUUGCAGGAAGAGAAAGACUAUAUUGCCCAACUGAACGAGCAAAAUAAGCUGGAAAAGGCCAAGGAGGAAGAACGUCGUAAAAGGGAAAUUGAGGUCUUUAGGCGGCACCAGGCGGCGCAAAUGGAUCUCAUUGAGGAAAGACAAGCCGUUGCUAAACGAGAGGCUGAGGAACGACGGAAGGAGCGCAUAGCGGUUGAUGCAGUAGUGGCCCGGGUCCAUGAGAAGGAUUUUCUUGAGGCCUUGGAGCGGCGUGAAAAACAACGAAAGUUACAAGCUGAACACGAUGAGUUUUACCGACUCCGUGAAGAGCUUAAGGAAGCAGAAAGACAGCGCGAGUUACGGGAAGAGGAGGCCAUCAACGCCUAUAUCGCUGAACAAGGCCGUCGGAAGGAAACAGACGCGAAGUUGGCACGAGAGAGGGAAGCCACCAAGAGCAGAAUUCUUGAGGAACAGAGCAAGAAGAUUGCGGAGGAGCAAGCCAAACGGGAUGAGCUGGAGAGUUUGUUAAAUGAUUACUACGAGGCUGAGCGUCUGAUCAAGGAGCGCAAAGCAAUGAAGGACGAAAAGGAGGCGCGAGAGAGAUUUGCAGAGGCGGUGAAGGAGGAGAAUUGGAAGCUCAUUCAGGCUCACCAGAAGGAAAAGGAGGCGGAGCGCGCGGAAGAAAUCAGGUUGCGCCAAUUGAUGAUGGAAGAUCUCGCACGGAAGGCCAAGUUGGAUCGGUUGUCGCGGGAACGCCAGAUGCAGCUGAAGCGUGAACACAUACUGGAAGCAGAAAAGAUGCUUGAGGCACGUAGGGAGCUCAAGCGGGAGGAGGAGCGUCAGGCUGCUCUUGUCGAGGAACAUGAAAAGAAACGUGAAGAGGAACUACUAGAAUACAUUCGUCGUGCACGUGCUCAACUUCUUGCAGAUUAUUUGCCACGACUGGGCGAAUUCGUGCCAGCACAUGUACUAACAGUGGAUGAAAAAAAACAGUACGGCAUUACAAAGUAA